AUGGCAUACCGCCAGCGCUCCAACUCGACAGACCGCGAGUCCGGCUACGCGAGCGGCGGCUCCACCGCCUCGCUGCAGGAGGUCUACUUCACCCGUCCUCACCUCAGAUUCAUCAACAGCCAACUCGCCAAGCUGCCGCCGCAGGACAUCCUCAGAUGGUGCAUCACGUCCCUGCCCAACCUCUACCAGAGUUCGGCAUUCGGUCUCACAGGCCUCGCAAUCAUGGACAUGAUCGCCAAACUGGACUUCACGCUGAAGCCCGACAUCAACCUCAUCUUCCUCGACACGUUGUACCACUUCCCUCAGACUCUUGAUCUUGUUGAGCGCGUGAAGCAGAAGUACGCCCACUUGACUGUGCACGCAUACAAGCCGGAAGGAUGCGAUACGACGAGCGACUUCGAGGCGAAGCACGGCGAGAGACUGUGGGAGGCCGACGAGGAGCUGUACGACUACGUCGCCAAGGUAGAGCCAGCACAGCGUGCCUAUCGGGAACUCGGCGUGCAGGCAUUGAUCACGGGCCGCAGAAGGACACAGGGUAGCGCUCGGUCGUCGAUGGACAUUGUCGAGGUGGAUGACGCGGGCCUGAUCAAGGUCAACCCGCUCGCCAACUGGUCGUUCAAGGACGUCCAGGCAUACAUCAAGGAGAACGAGGUCCCCACCAACGAUCUCCUCGACCAAGGGUAUCGCUCGGUCGGCGACUGGCAUUCCACGCAACCCGUCACCGACAGCGAAGAUGAGCGUGCCGGCCGAUGGAAGGGUCGCGCGAAGACGGAGUGCGGCAUCCACAACAAGCGAAGUCGAUAUGCCCAGUUCCUCCAGGAGCAAGAAGAGAAACGCCAGCAAGAACUCAGCGACGCCAUCCAGAAGGGUCUCAACAUCGAGGUCAGCUCAUAG